AUGGAGAGUCCUCGUGGGAUUUUGUUGGUCGCACUUAUUGCAACUUUCGCUGUUAUUCACUUUUCUCAAGCUGAAGAUCAAGAAGGGUUCAUCAGUUUGGAUUGCGGUUUACCCCCGAGUGAAGCGUCACCAUAUAUAGAGCCAGAUACUGGACUAUGGUUCUCAUCGGACUCGGACUUCAUCCAAAGUGGAAAGAUUGGGAGGAUCGAUGCAAGUCUACCCAAGACUCUAAAGUCAUACGUGACCCUUAGGUACUUUCCAGAAGGGAUACGCAACUGUUAUAAUCUUAGUGUGAAGCAAGGGACCAAUUAUCUGAUGAGAGUUACAGCUCUAUAUGGAAAUUAUGACGGUCUUAAUAUUACUCCUAAGUUUGACUUAUACGUUGGUCCUAACUUUUGGGUAAUGAUAGACCUAGAGAAAAGGAUAAGCGGUCAAACCGAGGAGAUCAUUUACAUCCCAAGAUCAAACUCCUUGGAUUUGUGUCUUGUUAAGACAGGCCCGACCACGCCAAUAAUUUCAUCCUUGGAACUAAGGCCGCUAGCAAAUAAUCUUUAUAUCACUGAAUCUGGCGCACUGAAGGGUUUCAAGCGAUACUAUCUUACCAGUUCAGAUACCAUUCUGUCGUACCCAAAUGACGUCAGCGACAGAAUAUGGGAACCAAAAUUUGAUCCAGAGUGGAAGCAUAUUUCCACCACUCUGGAAGCAAACAACUCCAAUGGUUUUGCUGUACUACAGAAUGUACUCAAGACCGCGGUUGUACCUGCCAAUGCUACUGCACGGUUUAAUAUUACCGAGGAGCUUGAUUUCCCUGGCGACGAAAUUUACUUGUACAUCCAUUUCUCUGAGGUCCAAUCAUUACAGAUGAAUGAAUCUAGAGAGUUUGAUAUUUUUUGGAAUGACCAACAGUUUGACAAAACGAUAAGCCCUGAAUAUUUGAAGGCCACGACAAUUAAGUCCACAACACCAGUCACUUGCAAAGGAGGAGUAUGCAACUUAGAGCUGAUAAGAACUACAAACUCUACUCUCCCACCUCUUCUCAAUGCCAUCGAACUUUAUGCCGUCGUCAAAUUUCACCAACUGGAAACAAAUGAAAAUGAUGUUGUUGCUAUCCGAAAAAUCAAAGAAAGAUAUGGAUUGAAUAGAAUCACAUGGCAAGGAGAUCCAUGCGUCCCCCAGAAGUUUUUAUGGGACAAUCUAAAUUGCAGCAGCACAGAUACAUCUAGACCACCAAGAAUCACUUAUUUGAAUUUGACUUCCAGCGGGUUGAAAGGAUUCAUAGCAGCUGCAAUUCAAAAUCUUACCCAUCUUGAAAAGUUGGACUUGUCAAAUAACAAUCUCACUGGAGAAAUUCCUGGAUUUCUGGCUGAUAUGAAGUCUUUAAUGCUCAUAAACUUGAGCAAGAACAAUCUGAUUGGUUUCAUCCCACAAGCCCUUCUUGAAAGAGAAAGUGAAGGGCUAACGUUAUUUGUUGAUGGAGAGAAUCGUUGUUUAUCUGGCUCAUGUGUCACAGAGAAGAAAUUUCCAGUAAAAACUGCUGCAUUUGUUUCUUCGGCUACUGCCUUGGUUAUUAUGGUGAUUCUUGUUCUCAUUUUUGUGUUUAAGAAGAAAAAAUCACCAAAUUCAGAAGGUAUUUGCUAA